CGUAGGGGGUGCAAGACCUGAAAACUACAGCAAUCGUGGCGUUCAGUCGAUUCCAAUCCUAAUCCCCUUUCCAACACUCGCGGGUAGAGCUGAGUUCCACUUUCAAGAAGAGGAAGGAGGCGAAGCCGAAGGCCAGAAAUGACGAGUCCCGUUUCUCGGCUCUCGAUUUCUCAUUUUCUUUGCUUCCUCCCUUCCUUUAAUCCGAAACCCCUCAAGUUGACAUCAAUAUCUCACCGGCGGCAGUUUUCCCCCUCUCUUUGUCAACCGAGGUCAGAGUUGUCAUUCACUGUAGGAACUCACCUUAUUCCGCAUCCAGCGAAGGUUCAUACUGGCGGUGAGGAUGCCUUCUUUGUGAGUAUCAGCAAAGGGGGUGUUCUGGCCAUUGCUGAUGGUGUUUCCGGUUGGGCAGAACGGGGAGUUAAUCCUGCACUGUUCUCUCGGGAGUUGAUGGCUAAUGCUUCUAAUCUUGUUAUGAAUGAGGAGGUCAACUGUAAUCCUCAAAUGCUCUUGAUGAAGGCUCAUGCUGCAACUUCAUCUACUGGAUCGGCUACAGCGAUUGUUGCCAUGCUGGAGAAGAAUGGAGUUCUUAACAUUGCUAAUGUUGGAGAUUGUGGUCUCCGUAUUUUUCGGAAAGGUCUAUUAAUUUUCACUACAAGUCCCCAAGAACACUAUUUCAACUGUCCUUACCAGUUGAGCUCUGAGAAGGCUGGCCAAACAUAUCAUGAUGCCAUGGUGUGCAGUGUAAAAUUACUAGAAGGGGAUACUAUAGUCAUGGGAUCUGAUGGAUUUUUUGAUAAUGUGUUUGACCAUGAAAUUGUUGCCAUAAUUUCACAAUUUAAAGAUGCUGCAGAUGAUGCAAAGAGAUUAGCAGAUCUCGCAAACACACAUUCCACAGAUGUGAACUUCGACUCACCAUAUUCAUUAGAAGCCAGAAGUAGGGGGUUUGACGUGCCGCUCUGGAGGAAGGUUCUUGGUCAGAAACUAACAGGUGGUAAACCAGAUGAUAUUACUGUAAUUGUUGGCCAUGUACAUGAAUUGCACACAGGUUAUUUGGAGGAAUCCGAAGCAGUGACUGCAGAUCUUAGUCCAUUGUUUUGACAGAAUUUGCAGGUAGUAAUUAUUCCAUGUAAUUAAAACCACAAUUCUUAUGAAAUAUGAAUUUUACUCCCAACCAUAAUUUCAAUGACUGUAGGAACUGCUCAUUUGAUUACCAAAGCAAACAUAUUUUGCAAACUUCUUUAUGGUCUCAUUUGUAUUUUAUUCACUUGUUUAGACAAGUUCUUCAUGGAAUGACAUUUUCAUUAUUUUUA